UUUUGAUCUGAAAUAAUGUAAUAAUCGCAUUUAACAACUCUGAAAACGGUCAAAGAAGAACAAAAAAAAAUGUUACACCACUGUGUAGAAGUCAAGUAAAGACUCACUGCUGUAACUCUCCGAGUUAAGUAUUUUCCGACACUCAGUACUUUAAGCUCCAGCUGCAGGUUGAUGGUGGAACAUGACCGACAGAACCAGCGCUUCACCGUCACACCGGGCAGCGGAACCGGGGCCCAUGAAUGUGCGGUGCUGAACUACAGAUUCACUGGGGAGAAGGAGGUGGAUCUAAUGUCGACCUAUGUACCAGAGACGUUCAGGGGCCAAGGUGUUGCUGCACUGCUGUCUCAGGCUGCCAUGGACUAUCUGGUUGAAGAAAACCUCAAGGCUCAUGUCUCCUGUUGGUACAUAAGGAAAUACAUUGAGGAACACCCGUUGCAACAUUUAAAGGACCUCAUCAUCACUUGACUUCAGCUUAUUUGUCCAACUAUAGCCUGAACUGCUACCUCAAGUCAACUACAAGCUCAUACCUCACUGUACAACACUAGAGGCCAAAGGGAUGAUGUAAAGCGACUAGUUGAUCUGUGCAGUUAAAUGUUGUAGUUAUGAGUGAUGAUUCUUUUUCUCUGGAAUUGUCUGAAGUUUCAUAUUAUAGAAAUAAUUGAUCAGACCUGUCAAAGUCAGGCAUAGUAUAAUUCAAUUUUAUUUUGAUGAUCUGAAACCAGCAAAUUUGUGCGUUAUUCUUAUUAGAUUGCUCUUUUUAAUCUUGUAUCUGUAUAUAUGUUAUAUUUUCUCACAAACUUGAUAAUAUUUAUUAAUUAUUCAGUGUUGUGACAACACAUUAAAAUGUUAAUCAAGGCUUAAUGUUUAGAAAUAUUGACAACGUAUGCACCGUUUUUUAUGACAAAUUUUGUGACUAAUAUUUAGCCAGAGUAGAACUUUGUGUUUGUUGACAAUUAAGGCAUUAACCUUUCUUUUUUAAGUAUUAGGAGGUUCAAAAUGAAAGGUUAAUUAUCAUUAUGGGCAUCUAGUCUGACUGCCUGAAAUUAAGGCCAUGAAACUUCAAUCCUCUGACCAAAGUUCUGUUUUUUAAUCUCAAAGGAAGAGAGAACACACCUGGGCUUUUGAAUCUGAAAGAACAAAUAGAGAUUAAAAAAAUGUAAGGGGGUGUCAUAAGACACUGUAAUUUUCCUUUAGCUACGACCUCACCAUGAGCCUAGAGUCUCAGAUGAAAUCAGCACAUGUUGGGCGAGCACAGUAUAUCUUGGAUUCUCGUCACCUAACGAGAUUAGUUCUGCCACCACAGCAGCAGAGGGGACUGCAGCGUUCGAGCAAAACACAGCAUCCGGUCGGCUGCAGGGGGGCGGAACCAGAUGAUGAGAGAUCAGCCGCUACAGGAGGAUGUAGUGACUGAGCUUCUGACUUUAACAAUAAAGGUUUUAAGUGAA